AUGGACGACGAGAGGUACUACUUUAGAGUCCAGCUAGACGAAGACGGCGAUGAAGUCAUGUCAGACAACUCUGGCUACUUCUCGGCGGAUCCUAACCAGCGAUUGCUUUUUGAGGCACCACAACCUAGUCAUGAAUAUGGACAUGUUGACACGCUACAACCCAGUCAUGAAUAUUCACAUUUUGAUGCUCCACAGCCCAGUCAUGAAUAUUCAGAUAUACCGUUGAUCCCUAGCAACAACAUCCCAUUACUCCCGCUAAGUGGGAGAGUUAUAUCCGUCACUUUUACCAUUCCGUACUCUAUACGAGCUCCGGGAGACCAAGGCCAAGAAUGGGAGGUGUCGAUUCGUAGCCGGAUGGAACAUUCCGUGCAGUUCGAUAUCCUAUCCCACCUUUCUUCGGCAAAGUGCCCUCAGCAUCACAUUGUCAUCGGCUGGACCGGAGAAAUCUCAAGUCCUGAUGCAACUCAUAGCCGCGCGGAUGAUCCUAGCCCCCGGUUAAGCAACGACGCAAAUUCCCUGGCUCAACCGAGAGAUAACCUGUUUGUUAGUUGCCACAACCAGCAGGUACUAGAUCAACAGCUAGCCAGCGCAGAACUGCGACGGUUUGUCGAUGACUUCCUCUUCCCGCUGUUCCACGAGGGUCGUUCCACUGAGAUGACAAUUACUAAGGGAGAGAACGGAUGGUGUGAUUACCUCGGCCUGAUGGACGCCUUUGCCGACAAAUUAUGUGACUUGUGGCAGCCUGGAGAUAUAGUCAUGGUCCACGAUUAUGCCCUUAUGCUGCUUCCUCGAAUCCUCCGAGCUCGUUUGCCACACAUCCAUCUCACCUUUUCAUUACACGCCAGCUGCCCCAGUCAUAUACCUCCCGGCACAAAUAUGCGGCUACUCUCCAAAGUGCUGCAAGGUCCUUUCGGCGCGGAUCUCUUGACCUUCCAGGCAUUCAUACACUCUGAUCAAUUUCUAGGCUGGUGCGCACAAGAGGCCCCUGCAUGGGCACCACAUCAAGAUUUCCUGCUUGGGAGGGUAGCAGAUUUAUGUUUCGUACAUCCAAUGGCCAUUGACGCAUCCCGAGUCACAUCGUUGGCAUCGAGCGAAGAGGUCUCCCAAAUAUGUGACUCUCUGAAGAGCGCAUUCGAAGACAAGAAGAUUAUCGUUUCAUACAGUACGCCUGGCUUCAACGAAGAGACGGCUUAUGUGACGCAAGCUUUUGAUCGACUCGAGACGCUGUUCCCCCGGUGGAGAGGGAAGGUAGUCAUGCUACAGAUUACAAGCUUGCCAUGGUUGUACAGAGACGAAGGGGCCUCUGAGUCAGGUGAGACACUCGUCGAUACCUUGGCUGCCCAAAACAGCAGCAAGAAAUCAUUCAAAGACCAGCUUGUAGAAACCGAACACUAUGCUCUGCUACGAGCCAGUGACGCAACCAUCUUCCCCUUUGCGCCUGAGGCCCUGAUAAAGGCAGGGCUAGACUUUAUGCUUUGCCAGCGAGGAAGCAACAAACGACCCGUCAUAUCGGAAACUAGUCCAUUAAGAUUCCAGCUACCAAGAGCGAUCUUGUUCCCCCGAGGAGAUGUCGACGGCAUUGCAAAGGCACUGGACCGUGCCUUGGAGUGCCCUGAGUGCUCUAACCGGCCGUCGAUGACACCACACAGGGUGUUGGAGCCUUUGAUGAUACCCACUGUAGAGGAGUGGGAUUCAACUGAGCGUGGUGAAACUCGUCCCAACGGCGGCGAUGAAGGCGAUGGUAAUGAAAGCGAUGACACUCUACGCAAUAUGGAUGAUUCCAGCGAUUUCUGGGAUUCGGAUGAGAGUUGGCCUGAUGACAGUGGUUAUGGCAGCGACGGAGAAGAUUCAGAUUCCACAAGCAGGACAACGCCGGAGCCUGAUGACGGCGAUGAAGAGAACGCUGAAGGUCUCAUAAAUGUACUUUACAGGGCUCAAUCUGAACCUGUUCAAAGUACAAGGCAAAUGCUGAGCAGGCGCAUGCUACCACGAUAUAGUUGUGGCUAA